GAGCGGCGGCGGCGGGGCCGGAGCCUUUGUGCGGGAGCGGGAGGAGGGUCCCCGCGGCGCCCCGCGGCCCCGGGCGGGCGGGCAGGAACGGGGGAGGCGGCGGCUGCAGUGCGGAUACCGGCGGGGGAGCCCCUUCCUCCGCCUCCAGCGCCGGGAAGGACAGAGGAGGCGCCGCCGCUCCGCCGGCUCCGGACACCAGGUCUGUUUUCUGUUUACAAGCCUGAAGAUGGCUGCUGCUGCUUCCUGCAAUGUGGAAGAAGAUGAGAGCCUGAAGGGAUGUGAACUCUAUGUUCAGAAACACAACAUCCAACAGAUUUUAAAAGAGUGCAUUGUAAACCUUUGCAUAGCAAAGCCAGACCGACCCAUGAAGUUCCUCAGAGAACACUUUGAAAAAUUAGAAAAGGAGGAAUGCAAACAAAUACUGGCUCGGCAGAAAUCCAGCUCCCAGUCUGAUUCUCAUGACGAUGAGAUCUCCCCUCCUCCUCCCAACCCAGUGGUCAAAGCCCGGCGCAGGAGAGGGGGGGUCAGUGCAGAAGUGUACACUGAGGAAGAUGCUGUUUCUUACGUCAGAAAGGUUAUUCCAAAGGACUAUAAAACCAUGACUGCUCUGGCAAAGGCCAUCUCCAAGAAUGUGCUCUUUGCUCAUCUUGAUGACAAUGAACGAAGUGACAUAUUCGAUGCCAUGUUCCCUGUCACACACAUUGCAGGAGAAACAGUCAUACAACAGGGUGAUGAAGGAGACAACUUCUAUGUGAUUGACCAAGGCGAGGUGGAUGUUUAUGUCAACGGGGAGUGGGUCACCAGCAUUGGAGAAGGAGGCAGCUUCGGGGAGCUGGCACUGAUCUAUGGAACACCCCGGGCUGCCACUGUCAAGGCCAAGACAGACCUGAAGCUCUGGGGCAUCGACAGGGACAGCUACAGACGCAUUUUAAUGGGCAGCACGCUGAGGAAGCGGAAGAUGUAUGAAGAAUUCCUGAGCAAGGUCUCCAUUUUGGAGUCCCUGGACAAAUGGGAGCGGCUGACAGUGGCUGAUGCGCUGGAACCUGUCCAGUUUGAAGAUGGGGAAAAAAUUGUUGUGCAGGGAGAGCCCGGUGAUGACUUCUUCAUUAUUACAGAGGGCACAGCUUCCGUCCUGCAGCGCAGGUCUGACAACGAGGAGUACGUGGAAGUUGGAAGACUUGGUCCAUCAGAUUAUUUCGGUGAGAUAGCACUGCUGCUGAACCGGCCCCGGGCUGCCACCGUGGUGGCACGUGGACCCCUGAAGUGUGUGAAGCUGGACCGGCCCCGCUUCGAACGAGUGCUCGGCCCUUGCUCCGAAAUCCUCAAGAGAAACAUUCAGAGAUACAACAGUUUCAUUUCGCUCACCGUCUAAAUGAUUCCUCUGGAAAGCUGCCUUUGUGUGACCUUGUGCACUUAAAUUUGCUCUGUGCAGCUCCAUAGCUUUACGAAGAAAAAAAAAAAAAAGAAGUGUGCAUUUUAUGUGUAUUUUUUCUGUUUGUGUCACAUAUUGGAUGUCAGUUCAAAUCUCAUGUAUGAUGGAAGUGGGAAGAUAACUGUUUGGACAAGACUAGCUUUGGGGAAGAUUGGGGCUCUUUUGGGCUCUUGGCUUGCAGACAAGAUUUUUACCUGUUUUUGGAUCAUAUAGCUCAAAACCGUGGUUUUAACUAUUUAAAAUACAUAUGAAUUUCUGUUUUCCUUAUUAUCUUUAAAGUUGGUCUUAUCCACCUUCUGUCAAGCUCCUUUGAUCAAGUGAUGUGAAAGGUGUCCCUGCCCAUGGCAGGGAGUUGGAACUAGCAGGUGUUUCAAGUCCCUUCCAACCCAAACCAGUCUGUGACUCUGUGGUAUCUUUCUGUCACUUCAAAAAGACUUUCACUGGUUAUGGACUGGAGGGUUCUGAAACCCCAUGGGGUAAUUGGCAAUUUAAGGGGAAGGUUGGAGUAAGGUUUUGAUCAUUCCAGCAAGCCAAGGAAAAGUAGAGCUUUUGAGUGAUUUUGUUUGUGUCUAAGAUAUAGGGGCCAUUUUCCUCUGUGUCACAAACUCUUUUGGGUCUGCUUUGUAGGAUAUGCUAAGGCAAACAGCCUGCUCCAGUCUUCUGGGUGAAGAGGUCAAGGGACAAUGUUUUCUAAGAAUUCAAAUGGGGCCUUUAAGACCUGUUAUUUGUCCUCAGCUAUUUUUAAAUGAGAGUUUGCAUUAGAGCCCUUGCAAGUUCAAUGGGAACUUCUCUGCUGAAUUAAGUGGGCUUUGAAACUCAGCAGAGUGUCCUCAGCCACUUCUCUGAACAUCAGGGACAAAUACAGCAGCCUCUUUUUAAUAAGAUCCAUUUAAUUAAAUUCAAAUGCCUUUCUUGUAGUAUAUGACUAAAUUUUAGAAUUUUUUAAGAUUUUCUGAAAGCCAAAUAAGUGCUUCAAAAUGCUGCCUCUUUUCCAAAAGACAGGCAUUGUGAAACAAAGAGCAGCAGGAUCCUCAAACCCAGGUCCCUCCAGGGUCCCACAGCCUCACUGGCAGUCGUUGCUGCCCUGCCUAGACAUGGGGCUCCUCCUGAACAGAGCUUUUUGCAGAUCCCUCGAGGGUGGGAAUCUGCCCAGCCCUUAAGGAUGGGAUCAUCGGGAUUACGCUUUGCGAAGCUUUUCCUUUGCAGGUAAACUUGUUGCCAGCAGCAGCAAAACUCUGCAUCUCAGCCACCCUAAACAGCACUGCCUGCUCUUCAGCUGGGGCAAAACUCCAUUUCUUCUUCACAAUAACAUUCUUCUGAGUAAAUACAAACUUUCUGUACCUUUGAUAUGCCAAAGGUUAUGCGGUGAAAUACAGCAGCAAUCUCCCUUUUGAAACUAGAGGUGUAGGUGAACUUGGCUAAAUGUCUAAAAUUACUCCUUCUGGCACACAAUGUGCUUUCUUCUUUGGAAUUAACAAAUACUAACUUGGCACUUUCCUGUUGACUCCCACCAAGGGCCCAAUAUUCCAGUAGCUGCCUGCAGUGGUUCUCACAGAGCUAAAAGCUUCUCAGCUUCAUGCUCCUCUCAUCACUUAAAAGGUGCUUAAGUUAUUUCAGCAUAAUUUCAGUGGUCCCUUUAGUGUAUAUCCGUUGCUGCUAUUUAUUUUGAUUAUGUUGUGCUUCUUGCACGUGUUAUUAAAUAUGACCAUUUGCAGUUUCCAGCCUUGCAGUUUUUAUCACAUACAUUUACAUAGGCAGACCCCCAUCCUAUAGAGAGAGAUCAAUGUAUAUGCAUUUGGUUAUUUGCUGCACUGUUUUUGUAUUCUCUUGUGCAAUUUUUAAAAGAAAUAUUUUUUAAAGGUUACCAGCCACUCAAGUAUGUUCUUUUACCUAUUGCAUUUCUGUUGUGUUGGUAAAAAAAAUUGUGAGUGUUUCACAUAAUAUGCAAGACACGUGUCUUGUCAAACACCAAGUAUUAGCCUCACUGUUUAGAAGUUACUCGAGCACACAGACACACUGCAGAUUCUUUGCUUUAAACCUUCACAGCUCAUGGAAAAUAAGUUUGAAUAAUGGCUCUGUUAUAAGCAAUCUCAAGAGAAGUGUAACCAUUUAACACCAGGAUUCCUGUGCUUUAAGUGGAACAAAAUGAUGUUCAGUGAUGUUUUAAAGAUAAUUGUAAUAUUUGCGGUGGAUGAUGGGACAGGAUUGCAGUAUGAAUAAAAUUCUUCUACGUUA